AGUUCUGUAAUGAAGGGAUACAAUAUCAGAAAAUGAGAGUCAAGACUCAUAAGCGUCAUUAGUGGAUCUAAUUUGCUUUCAGAUUUUCCAUCUUCCAAAAAAUAAAUAAGACAGCAAGCAAGGUGUUGGAACUCCCACAAAAUUAAAUAGAUGUACAGACAGAUCAAGAAAUGAAACGACGUAACUGAAAAACCAAUAAAGUACUACUAGUAGAGGAGAAAAAACAGAGCAAGUGAGUGAGUGAGGGUUGAGAUGAGGAAUAUCAUCAAACCUUUUUCUACUUCUUCAUCACCAUCUUAUGUUCAAAAUCAUAUAUCUUGGUCGUUGGUUCAAACAAUUAUUGGAAUUGGAUCUCUAAUUGUUUUAGCUCCUCUGUUCUUUUGUGUGUCAACUAAUCAAUGCAUAUAUCAUCAAAAGAUGGCUCUUCUCCAUCAUGAUCAAGUCCAUGAUUAUAAUGGUGAUAAGCAAUCAAAAGUGACGUCAUCACCACCAUUAUCAUCAAUACUUAGACCUUUCAAUGGAGCUUCUAGUGAUCAUUACUAUUAUCCAUUAAACUUAAUAAAGAAGAACCAACAAACGGGAGAUUAUUAUGAUGAGAAACUAAAGAAGAUAGAAUCGGAACUUGGUAGCGUCAGAGUUUUCUUAAAAGAAAUUGCUGCUGUUUCUGUUCAUCUGAACUCAUCUACAACACAUGAAGAUAUUAUUUCCAGUGACGGUCCAGAUUAUUACAUCCCAAAUGGUCAAAUUUACGGGUGCACAUAUCCUACCCAUAUCCGUCAACCCUACCCGACAGUUUUUUAACCGUAUCCUACCCUAUCCACUAUUUGGCAGGUAGGGUGGCGGGUAAAGAUUUUCUUAACCGCCAGUAAACGGGUAGGGUGGCGGGUAUAGGCCAUAUCCUAUCCAUCCUACCUAGGAAUGCACAUACCCUAUUUAUACCCGCCAACCCUACCCUACCCGCCAGUUUUUUAAUUGUAUCCUACCCUAUCCAUUAUUUGGCGGGUAGGGUGGCGGGUAAAGAUUUUCUUAACCGCCAGUAAACGGGUAGGGUGGCGGGUAUAGGCCAUAUUCUACCCACCCUACCCGUUGUGCAGCCCUAGUCAAAUUUACAGGAAUCCUUACUUAUUUCAUGCGUAUGUAUAAUUUUUUCUUUUUUCCGUUUCAUUUCUGAUAUUUUUUCAACCGAUUUUUGUUUU